ACACUCAAACAAAAUCUGAGGGUGUUUUUUUUCAUAAUAUAACUAAUUAGUACAGAAAGAAAAAUAAAUAUAUCAGAGAAUAUUAACGUUUUCAACUUAGCAGUUGAGUAAAAAAAAUAAAUAAUUAAAAAACACGUCUAUAGAAAAUUGUAAAUUUGGGGGGGAUCCUUGAACAAACUCGAGAGGCGGCUACCUUGUGCAUAUGAUGCUAAUUUAAGGCGGGGGGGUGGGGGUAUUACUUCUAUUAUUUAGAAUGGAAAACCUUUAUCUGAUUUAAAGAGAAAGAAAAAGUAUCUACCACUGACAUAUCCCACGCCAUAAACCUUUUUUUUUAGUCCUAAUCUAUAACAUUUGUGAGUUAUAUUCAGUUAUAUUUGCCUGGAGGUGUCCCUCUUAUCUGCCAGCUUGAAAACAUAAAAAAAUAAAAUAAAAAUUGAGGAAGUCUUUUAAAACUCACAUCGUGUAUUUUGUUAAAGUGUAACUAAUAUCUCUGCAACGUCUCACAAAAGGGGGAAAAAAACAUCAGUAAGGGGGGGAUUUUUUUUGUUCAUAAAAAUACUUGAUUAUCAGGAAAUGCAAGUCAUAGCUCCCCUUCUACCAAGGACGAGAUUAGAUAAGCUUUUUUAAGCUUCGUGAGCUGGAAAUAUUUACCCAAAGGGUGGACACUGAUCUGUUAGCAGCCUCAUACUUCUCUUUAUUUGUCCACCAUCACUCCAUUUUUUCCGUCUGGCUGGGUGGUGCCCGCCCUCUGUCACGUGACCGGAAUCGAGGAAAGACCAACUCACGGAAGUUUGGAUUUCUUCCGCAAAACUUUUCGAGUGUAAAAGAUCUACAAGCAAAGAUGGAACAGCAGCUGAAGAAGAUUGUGUCUGAGAAGAAGGAUGUGGUGGAGGAGUUGAUGGACGUGUUUGAGAAAGGAGCUGAAAUGAUAGCCAGCAUUGCUGGGGAUCUUUUUCCUAUUUUCUCCGUCGCUGCUCCACUUGUCCAACUGGCUCUGGACAACGUGGAGAGCACAGAGGCUGCUUUCAUGAAGGAUCAGUUCCAGAAGGUCCGGGAUCGUCUGGAUGUGGUCUCAGAGGAGAUUGAGCGCAUCAACGAGGAGAUCAAGAAGAGCAGGAUAGAUAUUGAAUUAUUCUCAGUUGAGGAAAACAUCAGAAAUCAGUUUAGAAAGUACAUGGAUAUUCUCAACGCCAAACCUGACUUCGCAAAAGUCAAGAAACAGAAUUUCCUCAAACACUUUUCCAAAAGUGGCGGGGAAAAAAACCUUCACACCCUCUACAGUGUUGUGGUUGGAGAAGGUUUCUUUGGGGAGCCUUUGCUUGAGACCAUCCUGAACCACGAGGAGAAAAGCAGACGUCCAGUCGAAGAGUACUGCGCCCGGCUAAAGAACCUGUUCUGCAUCGGGAUCAUUGCACUGUUGGGUCACGCUGCUGUGGACGGCUUCGGUGAGGGGGAAGAGCUCCUGAAAAAGUGGGGCGAGAAGAUGACAGCUGUCCAGGAGAAGAUAAACGCCGUCGUUGAAGAAUGCAUCGUUAGCUUCCCAAAUCAAGCUCAGACUGAUUGCGAACGACUGGUAAGAGACCAGGAGGGCCUGACCAACCAGCAACUGACCGAAACCCUCAUAGAGAAGCUGAAGAAGAAGUACGACUGGGUGGGCUGGUCAGUUCGCAUUUACAAAUCUCAACCCAGAAACUUUCUUACCAAGGCCAAGAAGUUUGACUGUCCAACAGGAAAGAGUCGCUUCCAGGUGAACACAUCUGACGAGAAACUCAACAUCUGGGUGUCCUACAGCGCUUCUCCUGAGCCGGUGGACAAGAACCUCAUCCAGGACCUUAUCCAGAAUCAGAAGAAACCUACAGUGGAGAACAUAGCUGAGAAUCUCUUUGAGAAACUACCAGGAGACUGCAUGGUUCAUACAGUCAAAUCCAGCAAAGAUCUGGCCUGUUCCUGGAGCUUCACGGAUGACCUUCACUACUGGGAGGAACACAAAAAUCUCCAUGUCUGUGUUCACUCUGCUUAAAGACAAAAGUGAAAAAUGAUUCUAAUACUUUCUGUGGUUUGAUCUUAGCAAGAAAAUCCUAAAAUUUCAGAUAAACAUCAGUUUAAUUCUUUGAAAUAUUCUCUUCUAAGACAAACGGGAACAAACAAGCACACACCACUGAUUUCCUAAAGCUAACACAUUCCUUCAGGCGACAUGUCAGGACAAACUCUGGAAUGAACAGACAGAUUUUCCAUGAAGGUCGUGAUUAUUUUGUUAGUGUCAUGUGUUGGGAGGGGAGCCGGUUCUGAGACAAAGACUCUUGGAGUUCUGCCAGCGAUAAGUGUCCUUUAACACAAAUACAAAUGCUAAAGUUUCACGUUUGUUUUUCACUGAACUGUCACUUUAUUCUUUACUGAUUUAUGGGUCUGUUUGCUUUAAGAUCAAAUUACUUGUUAUUAAUCAAUUGUCAUUUUAUUGCAAAAACAAAAUCUAUAAAUCAUAACAAUAUGUGUUAUUGGGUUUGACUUAUUUUGUCCAGAUUCUUGUUUUCAUGCAGGAACUGAAAUAAUCUUCUAAAUAAACACUAAACCAUAUUUGCUUGAAUGUAAGUUUGUUUUCAUUAAUAAUGCAAUAACUGCUCGUGUUUGUUACUGAAAAGUAUUUAAAUAAAAAGGUUCUGGGA